GGACCCGGAUGUGGCGGGCUGGGCUUCCGAAUCAUGCGCUUUCCGCUGCCGAAUUGAAAAUAAUGACGACAACAACAACAACAACAACAAUAAAAUACUGGCAACGAUAAAAGAAGAAAAAACAAUAAUUUAAAACAAAAAUUGUCAAGAUGAACGCUAGAAAGUAUGCCGAACAGCUGAAGGUUUAAUCGACCACAACGGGUUUGUUUGUCCCUCCGGAGGACGUCUGACGUAGGACGAAAACAACUUGUGCAGAUCUCCUCGGGGUGGAGCAGGAUGGCUGGCCGUGGUCGGGGCAGGAGGCUCAUGAGCUUCAGCGUGGAGGCAGUGGGUAUCGGGAGAGGAGAGAAUUUACCUCCCUCUAUCCUCCAACCAACUCCCCUGUUCCCACCAAUGGAACACAAGCCAGUUGCCCUAACAACAGGAGAGGAGGCAGAGUACAUGCUGGCAUUGAAACAGGAGCUGAGAGGAGCCAUGAGGACCCUUCCUUUUUAUAUCCAGCCUGCUUCUUCAAAGAAAGAUGUGGAGAGGUACUCUGACAAGUAUCACAGUAGUGAACCAGCUGACAACUUGAUAGACUGGAAACCAGACUGGAGGCGACUUCCUAAAGAGCUGCGUAUUCGAGUGCGGAGGCCUCAAAAACAAAACACCCCCAUCGCUAUGGAGUCAUCAGUUCGAUCCAAGUCCAGCGAGAAGAACAGCAUAGUGAAAGAGGAGGUGAUUCUGAAGCUUGAGACGCUGGAAAAGAAAGAGGAGGCGAUGAGCUCCGAGGAGGAGGAGGAGAAGAAACAGGAGGAAGAGGAAGGAGAGGGGGAGGAGGAGUAUGAUGAGGAAGAGUAUGAGGAGGAGACCGACUACAUCAUGUCUUAUUUUGACAAUGGAGAGGACUUUGGUGGGGAAAGUGACGACAACAUGGACGAAGCCAUUUACUGAGGGACGACGACUGAGACCAGAAGACACAAACCCGGUUGUGUUUGCGAUGUGUUUUUAUUGUUUUAUCCGCGUUCCUGACCACAGAGGCGCGGUGUAGGACAGUGUUUUUAACGUCACUUUUCUAUUGGCCCAUGAGGGGCUCAGGCUGGAGAAAGGGUUGAUAUUUGAAUGUGUGUCUCCAGUGAAAAGACAGUCCUGUGAGGAGAAGAGGACAAACCCAAAACGUCCAUGAGAAGCGAUGACCUGGACCUGAUCUCGUGAUUUCUAAGUCUUACCGGGACACCAGCAGGUUACUUUCCGUUUCUGUUUUUAACUCUGUAUUUUCAUGUUUUUAAGCCAUUGUGUCUGUGUUCCUUAAUGUUUUUCCUAAAAAAAAACAACAACAAAAGAGUCUUUUGUACGUGUCACACAUUGGUUUGUGGGUUAAUAAA